AUGUGGCCGAGGAAUGGUCACGACAUGGCAAAACCCAACAUCGCGACUGUUUUGUCCUUGCAUUCCCACGAUGUAGCCAAUGAAGGCUCACGACGUGGCAUUGAAUUUGACAAGUCGGUUCGAGUGAUUGAUCAGUGCAAGGAGUUAGUAUGUUGUUGUGCUUCUCCAGUUUUGCAAUUCAGACGCAGCCGUGAAAGGGAAAUGGUGUCGCUGAAGCUACAGAAGAGGCUAGCCGCCAGCGUCCUCAAGUGUGGAAGAGGAAAGGUUUGGCUCGAUCCCAAUGAAGGCAAUGAGAUCUCCAUGGCCAACUCUCGUCAAAACAUCAGGAAGUUGGUGAAGGAUGGAUUUAUCAUCAGGAAGCCAACGAAGAUUCACUCCCGAUCUCGAGCACGGCGCAUGAAGGAGGCCAAAAGAAAAGGGCGUCAUUCUGGAUAUGGUAAGCGUAAGGGAACCAGGGAGGCGCGUCUGCCAACUAAGAUUCUAUGGAUGAGAAGGAUGAGGGUGUUGAGGAGGUUGCUGAGAAAGUACCGAGAGUCGAAGAAGAUUGACAAGCAUAUGUACCAUGACAUGUACAUGAAGGUUAAAGGUAAUGUUUUCAAGAACAAGCGUGUGUUGAUGGAGAGCAUCCACAAGUCAAAGGCUGAGAAGGCCAGAGAGAAGACUUUAUCUGACCAGUUUGAGGCCAAACGUGCCAAGAAUAAGGCAAGCAGGGAAAGGAAGAUGGCCAGAAGAGAGGAACGUUUGGCACAGGGUCCUCAGGAGAGAGCACCUGCACCUACACCUGCAGCACAACCUGCACAGGCAACAAAGAAAUCCAAGAAAGUUGGCAGGUACCUGCAGUUAACUCUUAAAACAAAUGGUUUGUGA